AUGAAGACGAACCUUAUUUUACUUCUUCUUGUACUUGGAGCACUUUUUGAGCAAUCCCAGCAGGUGAGCAGCUGGAUACUAGGGACUUUCUGGAUGUUCUCUUCAUUAGGUUUCAUGACCGGUUGUUCUCUUCAUAAGGUUUCAUGAUUCAUGAUCGGUUGUUUUGGCUCUUCCGUGUGCAAAGUUAGAGUCCGAUUUGAUAUCUACUAUCCGGACAAAAGUUUCGCUGGCCCUUUGCGCAGCAAUAGUCUGACUCGUUCUUCGAUCGUCGCUCUCUUCAUUCCUCAGAUCUUCGGGGCUUCCCUGCCAUUGUAUAUUCGAUCUCUCAGAUUUUUUUUCUGUCGAAAUGUACCCCGUUCGCUCCUCCGUUGGCCGCGCCAAUGUGUUCGAAGUCUCGCCGCUUUCAAGUACAUCAUAUCCCCUUUCCCGAUUUCAUGUCGCAUAUCCACCAGAUAGGUUCCGCCACCAUUGACACUUUUCUUUUUCACACACACACACACACAAAAAUCAACAAACCGAGGUGCCGUCUAGAGAGAGCAAACAGACUGACCUGCCUGCCCCACGUGGACGUUUCAUUUGUAUUUCAGAGCCUUAUUUCACGAGCGAAACGGCAAUGUCCGUGUGCGCAAUUGUCGCAGAAGUCCAAGUGCAACUGUUAUCCGAUCGGAAGCGGAAUGCAGCGGUGCAAGUGCUCCAAUGAGGCGCAGUCCAGCACAUGUUCAUGUGCUAACAAAGUAGGCAAUUUCAGAAGGGGGAAUAGCAAAGUACAGGGUUCCGUUACAGGCGCAGACCUCGGUGUGCCAGCCUCAAUGCCAGAAGUCUUGCGUUGAUUCGUGCGUGAGAAACUCUCACCAACCGCAGAUUCUUUGUGAUAAGACGUGCCAGUUCACGUGCAGCAAGGCUUGCUCUCCGGCCACUUCUUCCACGCAAACGGCUUCUCCGAUCAAGGUCAUCACCGUCAUUAAUUCAGAAUCAAACUCUCGAACUGUUCAGGUUGUGGUUAAUCAACAGACGAAGGCUUCCCAAUGUCCCCAAGCGUGUGCUCAGUCCUGUAACACGAGCUGCUCUUCCCAGCCGAACAAGUCCACGUGCAUCAAUAUGUGCAUCAAGUCCUGCGAACCGACUUGCGUCCAGACCGCCGUUUCAAUCAACGUGAAAGAGUUCAUCCGCACUUCGGUACGAGCUUUCUCUCUUUUCUAAUCCCAUUGUCUCCUUCAGACAACCACCGCGAAGCCUGUACAGUCUUGUGUGUCUGCGUGCCAACCCACAUGCGAUGCUCAAUGCAUCGACGUCAUGAAGCGAUACGAAGUGAUAAUCCAGAAGUUGCCGGUCGUCCAACAAUGCCCUUCCCAAUGCCAACCGACCUGUUCCCAACAAUGCAUUCAGUCUGUCAGCGUGUCCAUUCAGACCCAGUCCACCACCCAGUCGACCACUGCCGCCUGCAUCCCAGUCUGCCAACCUGCUUGUACUCCUCAAUGUGUCCAAGCGGUCACUACUUCCACCACGGAAUCCUGCAUUCCAGCCUGUCAGCCAGCUUGCCAACCCCAAUGCGUCGAAUCCCAACUGCAGAUCCAAAUAGUCACUGCCCAAACAACUCCAGCCAUGGAGACUUGCGUUCCUGCCUGCCAACCGGCCUGCCAGCCUCAAUGCGUCUACCAGUACCUCUCUUCCGGAUCUUCCGGAGUCUCCACUGUCCCUCCGAUCACCAAAGUCUGCAUCUCGAUCUGUCAGCCAGCAUGUGAUCCAGGAUGUGUUGCCAUGUACACGACGGCUGCCACCACUUCCGCCCCUCUCCAAUGCGUUUCCCAAUGCCAGCCGGCCUGCCUUCCGUCCUGCACACAAUCCUUCACAACCACGAUUUCAAUGCCGAAACAGUGUGUACAGGAAUGUCAACCGGCCUGUGACACCAAGUGCAUUGUGGCUCAGAUCGUGCUCAAGAUCAAGAACAGUUAUCAGCAGCAGACUCAGCAGCAACAGUACUCCCAGCAGCCCUCUUGCGUCUCCCAAUGCCAGCCCGCCUGCACUCCAGAAUGCGUCGCCUCUCAACCGAACUUCUCCGUGCAAAUCAAGAUGGUCGACGAUGUGAGCACAACGGCUUCUCCUCAAUGUAUCACGCAAUGCCAACCGGCCUGCGAGCAGCAGUGCAUUCAAACUUACAAGAUUCAAAUACAACAGUUGAACGUGCAGCAGAAUCAGCAGAGACAGUACUCUUGUGUUCCCGCCUGCCAACCCGCUUGCGAGCAGACCUGCAUUCAGUCCCAGUACCAAGUGACCGUUCAGCAGAGUUACUCGAAAGUCAACCAGGGAAACAGUUGUCCUUCCCAGUGUCAACCGGCUUGCGAACCUCUUUGCGUUCAACAAAUAACUAUCCAAACAACGGUUCCGAUCACAAAGAGCUGCGUUCCGCAAUGCCAACCCACUUGCUCUCAGGACUGUGUCCAGCAGGUUACCCAAUUCUGCCGAUCAAACUCUUCAAUGCAAACCAUUUCCAGGCGACCUACUCGAUCACCAUUCCAUUCACGACCGCCGCUCCGUCCUACACCACCUGCUCUCCGCAAUGUCAGCCCGCGUGCGAUCCCCAGUGCGUCAGUUUCACCCUGAAGUUCCCCGUUACCACGACCAGUCCGACGCCAUCCUGCCAGCCACAAUGUCAACCUGCCUGCCAGCCUUCCUGCGUCGAGACCUACACUUUCACUCUUCCGAUGAGCGAUCAGAACUCGAAGCAGUGCGCUCCUGCCUGUCAGCCGUCCUGCGAUGCCAAGUGCAUUCAGAACUAUCAGUUCGAAAUUGUGAUUCCACAGGUAGAACUCGCACGAAACGGUUUAUUUCAUAAUCAGAACUGAUUCAGGCCGACAACAACUGCAUGCCCGCCUGCACCCAGUCUUGCCAGACAUCCUGUGUCCAACAGAACAGCCAAAGCGUCCCGCAAUGCAGUACCGCGUGUGCCGACAGCUGCAGAUCUUCUUGUGUUGAAGUAAAAUAUCUUUACUCUUACAAUAUAUUCAAUAUCUUUUUCAGAUUGUUAAGGAGUCCGCCGAACCCACCUUCAAACUAGAGAUCGUCCUUCAGCAACCAAUGGAAGAGACGGUCACUUGUGCUCCCCAGUGCGCCAGCCAAUGCGUCGACCAAUGCAAACAGCAACUGCUCACCCAAGUCGAAUUCUGCCUCCCAGCCUGUCAGAAUGCGUGCCAGCAAAACUGUCCACUUCAAGUGGAGCCGUGCGCGAUGACCGGCUCCAAGUGCAACUGCUCCACCGGCUUCUCAAUGUGCGGAAACAAUCAGUGCUGCAGAAAAAGAAGACGUUAG